CCACCUCCUCCACCACCUUUGCCUGGUACAGGUGUUCCACCUCCUCCACCACCUUUGCCUGGUGCAGCUGUCCCCCCUCCACCUCUUCCACCACCUUUGCCUGGUGCUGGUGUCCCUCCACCACCUCCUCCUUUGCCUGGAUUGGGGAUGCCACCUCCAGCCCCACCACCUUUGCCUGGAGAAGCACCACCCCUUCCAGCGCCAGUCCAGGGCAGCACUUACCCAGCAGUCCCACAGGUGUGUGGGUUUCUUCCUCCUCCGUUACCAUCUGUUUUUUUUGCAAUGGGGAUGAAUCAGGAGAAAGGGAGCAGGAAACACGUAAUAGAGCCUUCUCGGCCAAUGAAGCCUCUUUACUGGACAAGAAUCCAGCUCCACAGUAAAAGAGAUUCUAGUGCUUCACUUGUGUGGGAAAAAAUUGAAGAGCCUUCCAUAGAUUAUCAUGAGUUUGAAGAACUGUUUUCUAAAACAGCUGUUAAAGAGAGGAAGAAACCCAUUUCGGACACCAUUACAAAAACAAAGACUAAACAAGUUGUCAAGUUGUUAAGUAACAAAAGGUCUCAAGCUGUUGGAAUAUUAAUGUCUAGCCUUCAUUUAGACAUGAAGGACAUUCAGCAUGCUGUUGUGAACUUGGACAACUCUGUGGUUGACCUAGAGACCCUUCAAGCCCUAUAUGAGAAUAGAGCACAAUCAGAUGAAUUAGAAAAAAUAGAAAAGCAUAGCAAGGCAUCCAAGGAAAAAGAAAACGCCAAGUCUUUGGAUAAGCCAGAACAGUUCCUCUAUGAGCUCUCACUAAUUCCCAACUUUUCAGAACGUGUGUUUUGCAUCCUGUUCCAGUCAACAUUUUCAGAGAGCAUUUGUUCAAUUCGUCGCAAACUUGAAUUGUUACAGAAACUGUGUGAGUCAUUGAAAAAUGGGUCAGGAGUUAUGCAGGUCCUGGGUUUGGUUCUUGCCUUUGGAAAUUACAUGAAUGGUGGAAACAGGACACGAGGACAGGCUGAUGGGUUUGGACUAGAUAUCCUGCCAAAACUGAAAGAUGUCAAGAGCAGUGAUAACAGCAGAAGUCUUCUGUCUUACAUUGUCUCAUACUAUUUGCGUAAUUUUGAUGAGGAUGCUGGAAAAGAACAAUGCAUCUUUCCUCUUCCAGACCCACAAGAUCUCUUCCAGGUUUCGCAAAUGAAGUUUGAAGACUUUCAAAAAGAUCUCCGCAAAAUGAAGAAAGAUUUGCGAGUAUGUGAGACAGAAGCAGCAAAAGUUUAUCAGCUAUCACUAGAAGAGCACCUCCAGCCUUUCAAAGACAGCAUGGAACAAUUCAUUAGUCAAGCUAAAAUAGACCAAGAAAAUGAAGAGAAGUCGUUGACAGAAGCACAUAAAAGCUUUUUGGAAACUGCAGCCUAUUUCUGUAUGAAACCAAAAAUGGGAGAGAAAGAGGUGUCCCCACAUUCUUUCUUUAGUAUUUGGCAUGAAUUCAGUUCUGACUUCAAAGACUUCUGGAAGAAGGAAAACAAACUUAUUCUUCAAGAAAGUUUGAUCCUCUUUCUUUCUCACCCCUAG